UGCAUUAGUCUUUCAUGUUUCCGUCUUCUUUCUAGUAGUCGUUUAGAGUUUGGCUUCCUUCUUAUGCAAAUAAGUGCGAACCUAUAUUGUAACUGAACCAUCAGACGUUCGAAGCAACAAUGUCGAUGGCGCAAAGCAUGACGUGCAGGAUUCAUGUGUUACUUGUUGACCAUGAUAUUAAUCAUCACGGUCCGGCUAUAGAAAUAUUGCAGUACUUCUCUUAUAAAGUGACUAUAGUCAAGCUUGCCUCCGUGGCUUUAUCAAUCCUAUCGAGAGGAAACCCUAGAUUUGAUCUUUUGAUGGAAAAUAUUAACUCACCGGACUUAUGUGGAUUCAAACUUCUACAAGAGGCCGUUAACAUGGAUUUGCCAGUUGUACUGUUGUUAGAUGAGGAUGACAUCGUGUUAACAAAGAGGGCAUUAGAAGGUGGAGCAUUUCUAUGUAUCAAAAAGCCACUUACCAUAGAGACCGCAAAGUACCUAUGGCAACAUGUGCUAAGGGAGAAAGUGCGUAAAGUGAAAGAAAACGAACGAUUCAAAGAGUUUGUGAUGCAUAAUAAAUUGCACGAUGAAUUUGGCGAAGAAGAUCCUAUGAGAGGCUAUAUAAAUGACUAUAUGAAUUCAGACGAGAACUACGUAUCAAACAAAAAAGUGAGAUAUACGAAAAUUGCCAAUGAAGAUGAAGAAACCAGUCCCCAACAUCGCGAUGUUGCUAAGUUCAGAAAGAAGGUUUGGACUGAAUGGACUCAGGAACUUCAUGAAAAAUUUAUGGAUGCUGUCAGAAUGCUUGGAGAAGGAAGAUGCUAUCCAAGGGAGAUCCUUGAGCUGAUGAAUGUACCUGGACUUACCAGAAUGCAAGUGGCAAGUCAUCUUCAGAAAUGUCGUCGCGGAACUUGGCAAUCUCCUGAUGAGAGAAAAUGUAAAAUAGUUAUGCCUAAGAUGAACUUGCCACAAACUAGCGGUCGAGCUAAACCAAGGAAAUUUGGGUCCAUGCCCCAUAUAGGCCAACAAGAUCAUGACAAUAUCGCAGACUUUAUUUUCUACUCAUCGAUGGGGAAUAAAAUGCCAGGAGAUAAUGGAGAAGGAAAUUCUUAUGAACGAUACAGUAACCGAUUUUCUCAGGUUGGUCUUGAGACGUUAAAUGUGGCGCAGAUUGGGUUAAGUUUAGGCAUGGACGACGAGGCGUUCAUGUCUAAUGAACAAUUUGUGUUUGAUGCUCAAAGUGUUACACCUAGCAUAAACACUUCAUUGGACCAAAAGAAUACUGCUGAGGACUACUAUGAAUUUCCAAAUAUAGACUGCAUGAUCCAAAAUCUAUCGGCAUCUCAACAAGAACAAAAAGUGGAAUCUAGUGGAGGUCAGGACGCGUUUGAUCUCAAUCCUGUUUACUCUAACCAGUCUUUCUCUCAUUUGCAGGGGCCGGUCUUGGAUGCUACAAUCACAACUCAGGGGAAUGAAGCAGCAAUAGCAAAUAAUGGUGAAACUGAAGACCAGAAAAGAGAGGAAUAAUGAGAUUGAUUUAUGUUAUGAUCUUUAAUUCAGAGCAAAUAAUAAUGGUUGUCGAGAUAUAAUUGUGUCGAUCUAGAAAGCUAAACUUAUUUUUACAAUAAUAGCUAUUGUCAUAGCUAAUAGAAUAAUAUUUAGUUAUAAUGAAGUAAGCUUGUGAUUUAUGUCUUAUCCAUGGAGAACAAUGUAUACAUAUA